AUGGUGGUUACAAAAAGUCUUCGUACUGUCACCUACAUGCGGAAUAAUGCUGCCACAGGUGAUGGUGGCAGCAAUGGCACAUUCUUCAGGGUUGUUCUCUUAGUUCGUAGAGAAAAGUAUGAUGAAGCACUUGAAUAUGUCGAAAGAGCACGGAAGUGUUUGGCAACUGAGCUUGCUGCUUUGGUCAUCGAUUACUGUACUCUUCUAGUUGGCAACUCUAUUUCCUUAAACGUCAGUCUCCCAGCAGCUAAUCGUCCUGUUCAUGGACCCCCGAUCCUGCACCUAGUUGAUCAACUUUGUCUGGCCCUGAAUGAUGAGUUCAGGAGAUAUCUUCCUAUAAUUCUUCUAUCUGGAGAUGGAAAGACUCCACAUUAUAUGAAAGUUGAUCGGGAUAAAUGGGCUGAUGAAGAUGAUGAUGCAGAUAUGAGUGGCCCUGACAUUGACAUGACAACAGAGGAUAUAUGGGGCGUCAACUACCAAACCAUAGAAGAUCUAUUUGAAUUAACAGAGGCAAGGAUGGAUGUAAUAAAGUAUGAGGUUGGAGUUCAAAUGAUUGAAAUAUACAAUGAACAAGUCAAAGAUUUGCUGAUAAAAGUCAGAUUCGAUUUCCAAUUUGGUGUAUCUCCCAAGAUUCUGGACCCUGUAUAUCUAGGACACGAGUUUCCUCUUCCUCUACAUUUAGCAGAAUCAGAUUCUACCCAGACUUGUGAAAUCCAUGCACACAAAGGUGAUAGGGUGAAAGUUCAUUAUCGGGGGAAACUUACUGAUGGAACUAUUUUCGAUUCCAGCUUUGAAAAGGGUGACCCAAUUGAAUUCGAACUUGGUACUGGUCAGGUGAUAAAAGGAUGGGAUCAGGGACUAUUGGGAAUGUGUGUUUGGGAGAAACGUAAGUUGAAGAUACCUUCAAAGCUGGGGUAUAGAGACCAGGGUUCACCACCUACUAUCCCAGCAACAAACUUGAAGAACUACCCGAGAUGUUUUCUAAAGCAAAGGGAAGGAGAGUUGGUUCAAGAAAAGGCUGAGGCUAGUGAACAGUCUCAUGGCCCUAUGAUUGAACCUUCAAAUGACAUCUCUAGACUUAUGUUUAUGUAUUGCAGGAUUGGGCCAAUGAACUCUGAAAUCAAGCAACGAAAGUUAAUGUUGGAUACGGUUGAGGCUGGAGAAGAACUGAUGCCACAUAGGAUUUCGGUUGACACGUCACCUAAUUAG